AUGGCUCCGCCGCCACCGUCGGCUGACGUGCCUCUGGCCGAGAGGCUUCAGCGCCUAGCAUCAACCUUGCAGUUCGCUUGGUUUUCUGGACAUGCUCUUUUGCUCCUUUGUGUCUUCCGAUAUGCGUUCUCCUGGAUCCGCUUCAAUUAUUAUAGCGGAAUGGCCAGGUUUUGCUAUCGUUUCGCCUUCAUCGCCGCGGCCGCCACGUAUGGAAUAGUGGUCUACAAGACAUGGCGGGCUCGCCAAAAGACCGGCGUCAAGACUAGUGGAAUUAAGGACUAUCUUCGGGAUGAGAACAUCCAAUAUCUUGUCCUUGCCCUGGUUUGGCUGUUCAUGCCCCAGUAUCCCCUGGCCCUCCUUCCUUACGGCAUCUACUCGGUUUUCCAUGUUGCGACAUACGUCCGGGCGAACCUCAUCCCCACCCUUGUCCCUCCUCAAAGGAUCAACGCUCCUGCCGGCGCCUCGCCGAACGCGAAGCCUCAAUACACUCAACACCCUGCUUCGGAGGCCAUUGGCGUAUUUGUCAAGAAGUACUAUGACUCAUCCAUGUCGAUGGUUGCGCGCCUUGAGAUCAUGCUGUGGCUGCGCCUGAUCCUCAGCGUGAUCCUGUUCCAGCGUCGCUCCUGGAUCCUUUUCGCUAUCUACACCACGUUCUUGCGCACCCGCUUCUCCCAGAGCAUUCAUGUCCAGAAUGCCUUUGCCCUGCUCGAGGCCCGCAUCGACAACCUCAUCGGUGCCCAGGGCACCCCGCCCCAGGCUCGCCAGGUCUGGGAUAAUGUUAAGACAGCAGCUCGCCAGUUCUACGCUGUCACCGAUCUUAACAAGUAUGAGAGCGGCGUUGCUGCACCCAAGAAGUCCUCCUAA